CCCUCCAUCCUCUCUUCAACAACAGCAACAGCAACAGCAACAACAACGCCACCAGCCAGACGCGCCAUCGUCAACACCAUCUGCGUCACGCCAGGUGUACGCGCGCAAGCGCGCCACAGCAAAGGAAUCUGCGCUGCGAUGGGCGCAGCUCUCACGCACGGCGGCCGCCCUGUCUCGGUCGGCAUCAUCCCCAUCGACACACAGCGGCAGCCAAAGCAGAAGCGACACUGCACCCGCACAGCAGGAGGAGCCGCAUGUGUUUGCAGACAUGCAUAUGCUCAGCUCCAAACUCCGCAGCGCGGGCUGCAAGCUGCACGCACAGCAGAAUGAAGAUGCGCAUGCCGUGAGCAUAGCUGCCGCCACCUCACACGCGCACCUGUGCUCAUCGUCAUCGUCAUCAUCACCAUCAUCCUCCAGCACACAGCUGCUCGCGCCAGCGCACAGUGACGACGUCAGCCACCAACCGCACCACCAACACUACCACCAACACCACCAACAAGAAAACAAUCGCCACCACGCGGUGCCAAUGACGAUGAUGAUGACGGCACGUGCUGCGUCGUUUCCGUCCACAACAUGCAGCUGCUCGUCGAUGGCAUCGACCCCAUCUUCGUCCGUUGCGCCAUCGCCGUCCCCGUACCACCCGCACUUUGCAUCCACUGCCAACGUUCACCACCACCACCACCACCAGCAACAACAACAACAGCAACAACAACAACAACAACAACAGCGACAUCACCAUCACGCCGCUGCCGCUGCCACCAACAUGCGUGCACGCACGCCGAACACGCUGCUUCACGAGGUGCACAAGCCGCGGGCCAUUGCACCCAACGCCCCAUCGUCGUCGUCCUCGUUUUCAUCGCCAACACCUUCGGCGCACAUCAACCAGAAGCAGAAGCAGCAGCAGCAACAACAACAAGAAGACCAAGAGCACUGCAAAGAACAGGAACAGGAGCAGCAACAAGAGCAACAGCAACAGCAGGCGCAGCAAGACCAAGAACAGGAACAACAAAACAUGGUCGACAACUGCAGCAACAGCAGUGGUCACGGCGCGGCAAAGCCUGCAGCUGUGAACCGCCUUGUGAACCAUCACCGCGCACGUGCAGCGGAGGACAGGAGCUACACGCUGUCCAUGACACCUGCAGAGAAGAAGGCCGGGCGGUCGAGUCUUGAGAUGCGGCAGCGGUCUUCCACCAUCGAGACGGACCGCGUCAACGCCAUCAAGCGCGAGGACAUUGAGCAGGUGAAUCAGUAUCGCAUGUUCAAGCUGCUGGGCAAGGGCGCGUUUGGCACCGUGCGCCUGGCGCGCGACGUGAACACCAACCAGGUGUGCGCUGUCAAGUGCAUUUCGAAACGCAGGAUGCGCCGCUUGACGUUUUGCCGCCGGGCACCGCCCACCCCGAGGGGCAGCAAGCCCGCGUACACAAGCACGCCGGCCUCACCACGCCCAGACAGCACCAACAACGACAACAACGACAACAGCAGCAACAACAGCAACCGCAACAGCCAGUUGACACCAGCCGCGUCGCGCGCAAAGCGCCACAUCAGCAGUGGCUGCAUCCCAUCCAGCGUCAACAACAACCACGUGACCACGACUGCGAACAUGAGCGAGCUGGAUCGUGAGAUUGAGCUUCUCAAGCACAUCAACCACAAGCUCAUUGUGCAGUUGUACGAGGUGAUCAACGACCCAGCACACGACAUUGUGUACAUGGUGAUGGAACUGCUGCCCAAAGGACCCGUCAUGGACAUGUCAAAGCCAGACGACGUGAAGCCGCUUGGCGAGGGACGUGCAUGCACGUACUUCCGACAGGCACUGCAGGGCCUGUCCUACCUCCACCACCAACGCAUCGUGCACCGCGACAUGAAGCCGUCGAACCUGCUGCUGAUGAGCGAUGACACCAUCAAGAUCACCGACUUUGGCGUCUCGCACAUGUUUGACAUUGACGAGGAGGGCUUCGUGCUGCACAACACGCAGGGCACGCCUGCGUUUAUGGCGCCGGAGUGCGUGCGUGCCACCGCCUCCACCACUGGCUUUGACGCGCGACUGGUGGACGUGUGGGCGCUUGGGGCCACGCUGUACUGCUUCCUGUUUGGCCGCACACCAUUUUCAGGGGCAACGGCGUUUGAGAUUUACAACGUGAUCCAGAAGCAGCCCAUCGACUUCAGCGACCACCACCUGCGCCGCCCGCUGUCGAGCGAGGCGCUUGACCUGCUCCACCGCAUGCUGAACAAGGACGAGACGCAGCGAGCAACGACGGCGCAGCUGUACACACACGCGUGGACGGAGCGCUUUGGCACAGAGGCACUCCAGCCCUUUGAUCACCCGCAUCUCUUGCGGGAGUGCGAUGGCGUGACCAACACCAUGCGCGUGACUGCGAGCGCGACGCCAGCUGCAACACCACUGCGGCAGGAGGGGAAGGCCGCUGUUGCCGCCCGUCUCAUGCGGCGCGAUCAGAUUGGCAGCAGCGCUUUCACCACCACACCCAACGCCGGCAACAGUAACGCCAAGAACCACAACAACAACAACCACAACAACAACAACAACAACAACAACAACAACAACAACAACAACAAUGUGUUUGCGCCAGCGUCGUCAGCAUCGCCACCGGCAUUGGCGUUGGCAGCGGGAGCAGCAGUGCACCAGGUCCGACGCCGCUCGUCGCCGCUGCGAUCAAACACAACCGCGCGCACGAGCAACGAGGGCAGCAAUGAGAGCAUGACAGCACCGCUGUGCAACGGCAGCAGCAACGACACCAUCGCCUCUGACGGGCCGCUGUAUGCCAACAUCAACACCGACGAUGAUGAAGAGGAGGAGGACGAUGCUGACUGCAUGUCCGUGUUCAGUGCUGGCCGCAGCACGCGCGACAGCGUGGCAGGGUCAGCAACGUCCACGCCAACACCGCUCAACCACGCCCACUUUGCCACCACGCACAGCACGAUGGGCAGCGUGAACAGCCUCGGCGUGCCCAGCAGCACCGCCAGCACCUGCAGCAGCGCGUGCAACAGCGUGUUUGCUACAGCCAACGGCCAUCUCAGCGUCAAUGCCAGUCGCCCAUCGUCGUCGACCGGACGGCGCAGGCUAGCCGGCACCCGGCGCAAGAGCGGUGGUAUUGGCGGCAGUGGUGUCGGUGUUGGUGUUGGUGUUGGCAUGCAGGUAGGGUCCCGCAGCGCCAACAAUGUGAGGGCUGGAUCGUCGGGCUUGCAGCACGAGGCAACACCUGCGUCCCUGUCUUUGUCGUCGUCGCCUGGUGUUGGCGGCAACAUGCGGAGCGUGGUGAGCGAAGGCGCCCUCUCGCGUGGGGAUGUCGGCGCAGGCAGUGCGUUUACACGGCCACAGCAGCAGCAACAACAGCCAAAGCAGCCGCGCGUGGUGUCGUCCGCACGCAGCAGCAGCGGCACAGGCAGCCUGACCAGCAGCAACCGCAACACGCUGUUCAUGCCGGAGGAGGGGAUGGUGUGUAGGCACGUACCGCAGCAGCCAGCCAUCACCAACACCACCAAAAUUAGCAACAAUGUGACCAACCCAUCGGCAAUGCGACGAAUGCCCCUGUCCCAUGGCGGCAGUGCCAGUGGUCCGCAGGUUGGCGUUCUUUCCACGUGUUUCGAAGCAGACGAAGACGCGCACGUGCGUUCGAGCGUAUUCUACGACGAUGACGACGACGCGAACGGUGGCGAUGCUGUUCUUGUCCGUGGUGCCAGCAAACGAGACGCCAGUGCUGGUGGUGAUGAUGAUGAUGAUGGUGGUGAUGAUGGCCUCUGUCUGGACGAGCACGAUGCGGAUGAUGGUAUUGGGUCGAGUCAGGUUGAGCUGCUGCAGCGGCGUGAGGGUGGUGCAACCGUCACCUCCGUCGUGUCGCCAAAGACUGCACACCGCCUCCAACGCACCCAACAACAACAGCAGCAGCAGCGUGUGGAGGAUGGUGGGCACCGGUUCCGCGUGAUUGUGUCGAGUGAGAGCGGCGGGCGGCUGCAGCGCCAGCACCACGGCCACCACCACCACCACCACCAUUAUCAUCAUCAUCACCACGACCAACAGCAGCAGCAGCAGCAGGGUGUGCAUGCCCCGCACUACAAGUACAUCAAGCAGCGCAAGACGGCGCGUGUGAUGCAGCGGCUUCAAGACCGCGUCCUGUCGGGCCAAAUCUCCCAGCUGUAG